CGCCCGGCCCUUCCCCAGCCGGUGAGCGGACGGCGCGGCGCGGGGCCGGAGCGCAGGUGCGGGGACUUGGGGUCGCGGCUUCGCGGUCGCCAGGGCGCUCCCCUCCUGCCCGCGACCCCUGCUCCGGCGGAGACGUCGCUGCGCGCUUGGCACCUUCGCAGCUUGCCAGGUUGAACACCGCCGUGUCAGAGGCGAUGGCAGAUGGCAGACCUGACACAAGAGAGACCAAGUAACUAAGUCAAGUUCUUCCAGCUGGUCUCAUGGAUUAAUUGGCUCCCAUUCAGCAGGAACCUAACAGAUAAAUCCUUCUGCUGUGUAUCAAGACAAUGUUUGUGACAAGGAUUACUGCUGUGUUGUGGUGUCACACUGUUAGAAGAGGACAAGCAGCUUGAGAAUUUCCUGUAAUUUGUAUUGCAGCUUGAAGGAGACCCCUUUCCAUUAAGUAAGACUGAAUGGCCAGCAGCCCCCACUGAAGAGCUGACAAUGAGCAUCCCUGUGGCUCCAAAGAAAUCAUGUUUCAAUCAGUUGCAGGACAACAGAAAUGGAGCAAAAAAUAAUAAUGAGAGUCUUCUAAGUCUGGGAGAUACAAAUGCCAAUCAAAUCAUGGUGGAGGUCAGCUCCCCUCAGGAUGAAUCCAAGACUUGUGAUCUGGCUGAGAAAAUUGGAAAUGCAAAUUCAAGCGGGCUGGAGCACCAUCUUCACUUCCAGAAGGAGCCUCAUCAACUUCAAGGCCUUAGGAGAGGGUCUCUGGCUGGCUCCACAAAUCUGAAAGAUCUUAAACUUUCUCCUGCUUUUCCAAGAGGAUUCCAUGAAGAUGGUGCCAUGGAGAGAGGCACAGGGAUCUCACUGAUGCCUCAGAGUGCCCAGGGGCCAAGCCUGACAAGUUGGAGGAACAUGAGGGGUGAGGCCAGUUCAGAUGUUUUGGCUAAAAAGGAUGUAGAAGUGCCCUGGCAUGUUCCAAAGGACAAAUUGGCCAAGACCCUUGACAACGAAGAGUUGAGAAGGCAUUCUUUGGAAAGAGCAAGCAGCUCUGCAGUUGUGGCUGGGAGCUUGACUUCACAGCCUCCGAAGCUUGCGAGGCCCAGUACCCCUGAGCCGUGGGGUCAUGUGCCCAGGUGUGGGGAGGAGCAGCAGAGAACACUGGCUGCCCACUCUCCAGAGACAGCUUUUCUUCCAGCUUACAGUACCUCAGAGAGAAAGAGUAUGCAUCCUCCUGAACCAUCUACCUCAGAAGCCGGGGAUACCAUCCCCUCGGAGGCCUGGAUGGAGGGGGCACAUGAACUAAAUGUUUGCAAUGAGCACAAAUCACGUUCCACCCAUUCUGAACCUGCUUUGAAUUCAACUUUGUUGUCUAAGGAAAUCCUGAGUUAUCCUGAAGCACAGUUAGGUCAGGGAAAGGGAGAACUGAAGCUGGAACGGAAGUAUGUUCAACUCAGGGCUGGGGAGGAGCUACAGCCAACUCAGGCCGGUGACCUGGGAUAUCAGAAGGAAGAGACUGUGGCUCCUCCAGAGAGAAAGGAGACAUGUGGGGAAGCACACCAAGAAGCCACCAGUGCCAACAGCAGUCCAUCAGACAGCAUCUGCCAUCAUCUUGGGGUGGGCAGAUGCAGCAGCGAGGAGACAGAAGUCAAGACAGGUGUGGAGGAGUCUCUCCAAACCACACUCAGAUCUGUCCCUGCUUCCUUGGGAGUGGCUGGUAAUCAGUUCACUAGCAAAAUGUCACUAAGCACGGGAAGUAAAUUUGGUGAAAUGACAUCCAGCAACUUUUCUCCAGGUGAUGGCCAUGUAGCCAGUGUUCCUAAUGGCCUGCCUGAUUGCAAGUCCUCUGAUGUCAGUGAGGAGAAAAGGAGGCUGGACGCUGGGAACAGGGAUGGUGCUGUGGAGUUUGUAUCAGACCAUUCUGUGGGAGAGAGCAAAACUGAGGUUCUUGAGUCCCUGUAUCUUCAAAGCAGAAGCACAGAAGUAGGGGAAAGCAAAGAUACAGCAACACUUGGGACUGAACCUAGGAACCUUCUAGAAAAGGAAUCCAAGACUGAUAUUACUCCAUCUAGAGAAGAUUCAUUUCUCAAUACCCCAGUUACCCUUCACCCAGAGACAACUGUGAAUAUGACCCACCAGCCCACACCGCCCAGUAGCAUUUUCCAGGCCCCUGGUAUGUUGAGUGUGGAUACAGGGUCACCCUCAGUGAUCCCAUCCUCCACUGAGAGUGUGCAGCUGUUGAACACAUCCCCGAAAGUGCCUGACAAGAACACCUGCCCCAGUGGGAUCCCUAAGCCUGUUGUCACACAUUCCAAGGGCACAACUUCCUUGCAGGAAGGAAUGGAGAAACAGGUUGAGAAAAUGGAAGACAGAACAGAAACAAAACCUAUCAUUAUGCCCAAGCCCAAGCACGUGAGGCCUAAGAUCAUCACUUACAUCCGGAGGAACCCACAGGCCCUGGGCCCUGUGGACACUUCACUGGUUUCUGUGGGGCUUCCUUAUGCCCCGCCCCCGUGUAGCAUGGCCCCACCCCAGGAAGACAGGGUGGCAAGUAGUGACCUUAAAUCGUCUGCCAACCUCUAUGAGAAAUUCAAACCUGAUUUACAGAAGCCCAGGGUUUUCAGUUCUGGAUUGAUGGUAUCUGGGAUCAAGCCCCCAGGACAUCAUUUCAGUCAAAUGAGUGAGAAGUUUUUACAGGAGGUAGCGGAUCACACUGGAAAAGAAGAAUUCUGUUCUCCUCCUUAUACACAUUACGAAGUCCCCCCAACUUUCUAUCGAUCAGCCAUGCUCCUGAAGCCCCAGCUGGGAUUGGGUGCAGUAUCCCGACUGCCCUCUACAAAGAGCAGAAUUCUGAUCGCAAGUCAGAGGUCUUCAGCGAGCGCCAUCCACCCACCAGGACCCAUCACCGCAACUGCCAGUCUCUACACUGCAGAUCCCUCAGAUUUAAAGAAAGCCUCCAGUUCAAAUGCUGCAAAAUCCAACCUACCCAAAUCUGGGCUUCGUCCUCCUGGAUACUCACGUCUUCCGGCUGCCAAGCUGGCGGCGUUUGGCUUUGUCCGGAGCUCCAGUGUCUCCUCAGUUUCCAGCACUCAGUCGGUGGACAAUUCCCAGCCUGAGGAGAGCAGGCCAGUUACCCUGCUUGCACAUUGA